UUUUUUUUUUUUUGCUAAUCAUGUUUUAAUAUUCCUAAAGAUCAGCUUUUAAAUCCAAUUGAUAAGUCCACAAAAACUACUUUGAAGCUGAAUAUUUUUUGAAAGCAAUGGUUCUUUGUACCUGUCAGUUGUGAACUAUGUUGUGACAACACACAGCUCUUGGAGAUAUAAGUCAAAUAAAAUUUUGACAGAGAAUUGGAAAAUCACAUAUGUAUUUCACCUUUGCUACACCUGUUAUGAAGCACAAGUAACUUUUUAUCAAAUUAUGUAAAUGUUACAUUAUGAAGUAAAUAAUUCUUCAUAAGUUUAUUGAUCAGAGGAAGAUCCUUUUAUCAUAAAUCACACAUGUUGCUUAUGGUGCCUUAAUCAAUGUAUCCCGAAUUAGCCUGCUGAACCUCAUUUUUUCCUUUGUAUUGUGCCUACAACCUCCAGUGAAUAUUUUAUAAGACUAUCGAUUUUAGCACCAAAUCUUUAAUUUGUUUGACUUUUCUUACUCUCUUCAUGGAUUAAAACAGGUGUACAAUCAGUAGACAGAAUGUUUAUUAGUUCUUCUAAGAUGUGGUGUAGACAAAUCCUACCACCAGAUGUUAGGCCUAUAGCAGUGAAAGUGAAUCUUAUCCCUAGUGAAAGGAGACAAAAUUCAGCUGAGAACAAACUUAUAAAAGUAAACUUCAUACAGUCUCCUGUGAAGUCAGCUCGUUGUUCUACAAGCACCCCUCCAGUGCCGUUUUCCUCCACAGAUCUGCUCAGCUCAUACUCCAAAGAUCCCAACCUAAGGCAUCAUAACCACCACCUCCAUCAUCACCACCACCAUCAGCACCAUCAUCAUCAUCUUCCUCCAGAUGAACUGCGCAGGAAUUCCCAGCUUUCAGAUCUGGGGGACAGGGACGGGUUACGCUCUAGUCAUGAUGGAAGGCAGGAUGGUCAAGACAGUAGGGAGUUCAUGGAAAAUAGUAAUAGUAGAAGUGGCUCAAGGAAAGGGACUAUGUCAGACCGAGGCUCACCAGAAAAAGAUGCAGACGACAGACCACCUUCUAUAGCAGGCCCAAGAGAUAGAGCUCAAUUACCUAUAAAACCAAACUACUUUAAACCUAAUGGUUUAAGAAUGUCUGUGAUCAACCCAAGACUCAGUGGAUCUAGUCGUGAUUCAGAGGAUCUGGUAGCAACAGGGACCAACUGGAUGCCCCUCCCAUCAGAAAAACCCAGAACAACUCGCAGUGGCCAGUCUGUCAACAAUGGUAUCAGCAAUGGCAGCUCUCAGGUUGCUGGACCCUUCCCACCAAAGCGCACAAAUAGUCGAUCUACAGCAAAUCAGGGGUCCUCCACACAAUACUCAGGAAGCAACAGAAAAUCAAAAGAUACAGGUUUGUUAUUCGUUACCUAUGUGUAUUGUAAAAUUCAGGAUAAAGUAGGUACUUGAACUUCAGGCCUACAGUAAAAUUGAAAGUGGUGAUCAGGUUUUUUAUUAGCAAUAAAAUUGAUCCUCUUG